AUCAUCAGUUAGAUCUUCAUUACUGGAGGAGUUAUUAUCUCACAGGAGACGUGAUGAUGGUGCUGAAACAGUGGACUCUGCUUUGUGCCUACAUGCUGAUCAUUUGUGACAUGUACAUGUCACAGGCAGCUCCAUCCAGAAGCAACAAGGAAUUAAUUUCAAAUGGAGCGGUUUCAGACACCGAUGUUGAAAAACUCCUAAGAGCUAUGAAGGACUUUAUGCAGAUGAUGAAUGAUGAGCAAGACCAUCAGUCAGCUGAUGAGAACAGCUUGGACAGACCCAUGUCUAAACGCUGCACCAAUUUAAGCACAUGUGUGCUGGGCAAACUCUCACAGGAUAUUCACAAACUGCAAACCUUUCCCCGCACCGACGUGGGAGCACAUACACCUGGCAGGAAGAGAAGUCUAUCUGAGCCAUAUGGGAACUAAAGCACAUCACACAACUGGAAAUCACAGUGUCUCAUCUACUGUUUGUCUGAGCUGCUCAUGCAUGAUCAUCCAGCUACAUUCACAAACCUGCAGCUGGUGAUGCAUGUUGAUAAAACGCACCUCAUGUUGUUUCCAUCAUUCAUGAACAUUUCAUUGUAAGCACAAACUC